ACACACACACACUGUCAUACAGAGGCAAUGGGGCCUAGCAGACACAAUCAGGAUAUGACAUCAUUCACAGGAAGCAGAGCCAAACAACUUUUCUUUCUGUUCUCUCUGGUCUUUUGUGUUUUUUCUGAAACAAUUUUAAGUGAUCAAGUUUGCUGAUGCGUAAGAGACAAAAAAGUUUCUUCAGAGGGCAGACCCGAAGUGAUCCAUGUCCUCAGGGAGAUAAAUAGAGACAGAGGAAUUCUCCUCAGCUUUCCCACAGAUCCCCACAGCAUUCCAAACAUUCAAAGCGGGACUCAAGCCAGAAACUUUUCUAAGUUGAUGGAAUAGAAGACCAAACCUUCGGCUUUCCAUCCAUCCUGACUAUCACUGGUCCAGAUUCUACUAUUGGACCCAAUUCAAGGACAUGGCUCUGUGCCUGGGCCAAGUCUUCAGCAAAGACAAAACGUUCAGGCCUCGAAAGCGAUUUGAGCCAGGCACCCAGCGCUUUGAACUAUAUAAAAGAGCACAGGCAUCACUGAAGUCAGGGCUAGACCUCAGAAAGGUUGUGCAGCUGCCCGAGGGAGAGAACAUCAAUGACUGGAUUGCUGUUAAUGUUGUGGAUUUCUUCAACCGCAUCAACCUGAUCUACGGGACAGUCGGUGAGUUCUGCACAGAGAGAAGCUGCCCUGUCAUGUCCGGAGGUCCUCGUUACGAGUAUAGAUGGCAAGAUGGCAACCAAUAUAAGAAGCCCACCAAACUCCCAGCCCUCCAGUACAUGCACCUGCUGAUGGACUGGAUUGAAACGCUCAUCAACAAUGAGGACAUCUUCCCUACACGUGUAGGGGUGCCUUUUCCAAAAAACUUCCAGCAGGUGUGUAAAAAGAUCGUAAGCCGGCUCUUCCGGGUGUUUGUCCAUGUGUACAUCCACCACUUCGACAGCAUUUGCAACAUGGGUGCUGAGGCCCAUGUCAACACCUGCUACAAACACUACUAUUACUUCAUCUCUGAGUUUGGUCUCAUCGAACAAUCUGAACUGGAGCCACUGAGACCCAUGACAGAGAGGAUCUGUAACUAAAACAAGUUGAACAACUUAAUUUUCCAAUUUCUGAUAUCUCAAUGAGCCUAGCAUCUCAAGUAUUCAAACCAUCUAAUAUUUGCCUUCAAGAAUCUUUUUUUAAAUUUUUUUUUUUAUUGCUGUAUUAGGAUCUAAUGCUACAAUGUAAAUGAGCCAAGUAGACAAAUAGCUGUUGUUUCAAAAAUAAUCUAGAAUAUUUAAUGAAACAUCACCUGAUUUGUCCAAUAAUACUAUUUUUGUCAGUUAAUUUUAGAACGUUUGCUUACACAAGAAAUUUCAAAUAGGCAACUUCCAAAAGGGCAUUAUAAAUUUCACAUAGCAUCAUAAUUGGUGCCUGAUGUGAUUUUAUCUUACUGUCUUAAAUUCAUCCUUUUAGCACAAGACAUUUGCUGCAAUCCGUCAACCAAGAACUAAGAUUUUUUUUUACCUUCUACAUGUGAAAGAUUAAUAUAAACAUGAAUAAUUACAUUUUUGGAACAUUCUAUAAUAUGUAGAAUGUUUACAAAAGUACAAGUGUUAGUAUUAUAAUUUAUCUGCCUGAAGAGGAGCAGAGGACUGUUUUUGCAUGGCACGUCCAAGAACUGGGAUAGUUAGAGGAAGACUGGGACAUAACAUUCUUUAUCCAUCUUCUGCACAUUCCACAGUGCAGGGGGUUAACAGGGUAUGGCUGUUUCUUUAAACUUAUAAAAAUGUAUUGUGUUGUUUUCCCUUUAUUUUAUUUAUGCAUGCUUUUAGAGACAUAUUAAUGACAUCAUUUUCAUAACACUUUUCUUAUACAGAUCAGAUGAACAAUUAAAGAACUUC